AGGUUGAUUUACAUGAUGGAUUUAAGUUUGGACGAAGUUAUUGCUAAGACUCGUAAGGCUCGACGUGGUCGUGGUUCGAAGUCGCAAAAUGUUCUUAGAAGAACAAGCGGUGGCGGUAUUCAGAAACGCCGGAGCGGCGAUUUUCCUAGGAGAAGCCUUCCCGAUAAAUGGCAACAUGAUAUGUUCCAAAAUAACGUAGCCGCGAAGGUUCUCAUUUCCAAUCUUGAUUAUGGUGUAAAUGACGACGAUAUUCGUGAACUGUUCCAGGAAUUUGGUGCUAUACGUCGCGCUGCGGUGCACUAUGACAAAAGUGGUCGCUCCUUGGGAACCGCUGAAGUUAUCUAUAAUAAUCGGGCUGACGCAGCUAAAGCAAUACAACGUUACAAUGGCUUACCUCUUGAUGGUCGUCCAAUGAAAAUUCAGUUUGUUGGAGAAGGCUCUAAACUCGCGGCUCCAGUCGCUGCAAAAGCUCGUCUUGGAGGAGCAUUUCGAGGACGUCCAAUGCGAGGUGGUCGUGGUCGCCGUGGUAACAGAAAUGCACGUCCUCCCAUCACUAAGGAUCAGUUAGACGCUGAAUUGGCUGCUUACACUGCUCAGGCUGCCAAGCUUUCUCCAGCCGAUAAUCAAUGA